AAGGCAAAAAAAAACCGUCUGUUUGGUGAGAUUUUUUUCACCUUUGUUUCUCUCACUUCUAUUCAGCGUCUAUUCCACUUCAUCUUCAAAGUCGUAUUUCUUUCGAAUUUUUUCUCACAUCUCAUUCAGACAAAACCCUAAAAAAUCAUCUCUGAACUCCACAUUUUUGAAGCUUCCAUUACUGUAAUUUCCAAAUCUCUUCCUCCUCCCCCUCUAUCUAUAUAUAUAUUUAUGAAAAUAUCAUCUAACCCCUCGCAAAAUAUCCACCAAACCCCGUAAUGGGACUUAGCUUCAAUGGAGGACACUUUCAACAGUUUCUGAACUCAUAGUUACAGUCUCUCUCUUACGCUUUACUUUUAUUUAUAUGCAAUUUCUUGAAUCUGAAGCUCUCAGUAGUUGGGGUUUCAAAAUUCGUUGAUACGAAGUGAGUCUUGGCUUUGCUGGACUUUUCAGAAACCUGUAUAAGGUGAAAUCUGCACCAAUAUAUUUGAAAUCUAUAGAUUUAGUGGCAAAGUUUUUGACCUCGGAGAAUAAGACGACCUUAGCUUUAAUGUGGCAUACAAGAGCUUAAUGAAGGCAUGCGGUCAUUUUGGAUUUUGUUGAAAUGAAGAACGCACAGGAUCCACAGAACACACCUGAAAUACAAUCGUCAACCCCCGUCUCGCAUGAAUCUCAAAAUGACCAACAGAACAAUGCAACAGAGGCUUCUGCAACGGGCUCAGGUUCAAUUACUGUUACAAGCGAUAACAGGAAAGUUUCGCGUGAGGAUAUUGAACUUGUCCAGAAUUUGAUAGAACGGUGUCUACAGUUGUACAUGAAUAGAGAUGAGGUGGUAAAAACCCUAUUGAAUCGUGCAAGGAUAGACCCUGGAUUUACAACUUUGGUAUGGCAGAAGUUGGAAGAAGAAAAUGCCGACUUUUUUAGGGCCUACUACAUAAGGCUAAAAUUGAAAAAACAAAUUAUCUUAUUCAAUCAUUUGCUUGAGCAUCAGUAUCAUCUCAUGAAGUAUCCUGUACCUCCAAAGGUUCCUUUGGCUCCCAUACAGAAUGGAAUUCAUCCCAUGCCAGUUAACAACUUACCCAUGGGAUACCCCGUCCUACAGCAACCUCCGGUUCCAGCUACAGGUCAACCUCAUCUUGAUUCCAUGGGCUGCGGAAUAUCUAGUUGCCAUGUGGUUAAUGGAGUGCCUGCUCCAGGCAAUUUCCAUCCCAUUCGGAUGAAUUCUGGGAAUGAUAUGGUGAUUGACAGCAAUGCUGCUGAUGUGGCACCUGCUAUUGCACCAAACAGUGCCAUGUCAUCUAUGUCAGAGAUGGCAGUGAGUCCAACUUCAGUAGCAUCAACAGGCCAUUUCCCCUUUACUGCAUCGGAAAUAUCUGGAAUUGGAGUAGACACGUCAGCACUUGAUACGGCAUUUACAUCUGAUGUGGCAAGUUCAGUAGGUUUGCAGCUUGCACCCGAUAAUGGCGCCGGGAAUUCUAGAGACUCCCUCAGAUCUUUGGCUCAGAUUCCUUGGAAUUUCAGCCUUUCAGAUCUGACGGCUGAUUUGUCUAACUUGGGAGAUCUAGGAGCCCUGGGAAACUAUCCUGGUUCUCCCUUUUUGCCUUCUGAUUCGGAUAUUUUACUUGAUUCACCUGAGCAAGAGGAUAUAGUAGAGGAGUUCUUUGUUGACUCUGUCCCUGGGCCACCAUGCUCUCAAUCGGAUGAAGAAAAAUCGUAGAAUAAGGUGAUGAGGUGCAUCCAUUUCUUUUGAGUUAUUUAGGAUAGGAUUAUGUUGUUGUACAAUAAGAAGUAAAAGAAGAAAGUGAAACAUUAGUUAUCUUCACUAGGAUUUCAGGGUCCAGCUAUUACAAGCUUGACCAUGGAGCGUUGCAGUCAUGUAGUUGCAUCUUUCUUUGCAUUUCUGUUGGAAGCAAUGUUAUAUUAGUUUCGUAUUUCAUUAUCCGAAGUAUAUGAUGGAUAUUGAACAUAAUUAUUAGGAAAGCUCGUCAACCUUGUUAUAUAUUUUUAUCUUUCACUUGCUC